ACAACAAAUACCACAGUUAAAGUUAGUCUAGUAAAGGAUGAUGAAUUUGUGGUUUACCAUAGUUUAACUACAACAAACAUGUUUUUGCUUUCUUUAACUAACGUUACUUACUGUUCGUGUUCGUUAUGACAUCGACGCAAUUUAAAUAAAGUCACUCGGCCUACCUGAUGAAGUAAUAAAUCAGGUGAACGGGGUUAUAAUCAUAUCUAAAUUUUCAGACAAUUUAACUGCGGAUUCACCUAAAUACAAGUGGAACUGACGUUUUCAUCCUCAAAAUAACGGGAGCUCUUAUUCGCCAAAUUACGCCUUAACACGCCCCCAUAUAGGGAGAAUUACCCAUCUUAUUGGCUGAAAGUAAUGUCAGUCAGUCAAACGGUUUACUGCUGUUUGUUGAUGCUACUAUGGCAGUUCCUGUCGCAGAGCUGCAGCUGCUGGGCGGUUUCUAAUCUGAAGGCUUCCGUACUACCUCUUCUGAAUGUCCAAAUACAAACUAUUCCUUCUCCGGCAUGGGGAGGGGGCCUGGAACAAAGAGAACCGCUUCUGCAGUUGGGUUGAUCAGAAACUGAGUGAGAACGGUGUGGUGGAAGCUCAAGAAUGUGGCCGCCUUUUGAAAGAGAAUGGCUACCAAUUGGACCAGGUUUUUACCUCCAUACUCAGCCGUUCCAUCCAGACGGCCUGGUUGGUGCUUGAGGCCAUGGGACACGAGUGGGUCCCUGUGACAAAAUCGUGGAGGUUAAACGAAAGGCAUUACGGUGCCCUGAUCGGACUUAAUCGGGCUGAAAUGGCAUUAAACCAUGGAGAGGAGCAGGUUAAACUGUGGAGGCGCAGUUAUGACAUCACUCCACCCCCCAUACAUGAGUCACAUCCCUAUUAUGAUGAAAUUUACAAUGACCGUCGAUACAGUACGUGUGACGUCCCGAAAGAGGAACUGCCCAAAACAGAGAGUCUGAAGGAAGUGUUGGACAGACUUCUUCCUUACUGGAAUGAUGUCAUUGUACCGGUGAUCAAAAGCGGCCAGACGGUCCUCAUCUCUGCACACGGGAACAGCUGCAGAGCUUUGCUUAAACACUUGGAAGCUAUAUCGGAAACAGACAUCGUCAAUGUAACACUGCCCACAGGAGUACCUGUCCUGCUGGAGCUGGAUGAAGACCUUCGACCACUCAAACCCCGUCAGCUCCUGGGCGACCAGGCCAAAAUUCAGGCAGCUAUUAAAAAGGUGGAGGAUCAAGGGAAAGUGAAUGCACAAAAAUAAAUAGGGGGAGAAUGUUAGAGUCAUUCACACAGGAAAUGUUUAAAUAGAAAGAUACUUAGUCAUUCAGGCAUAUAUAGUACAUGUACUGUAGUACAGAGCCACCAGGUGAAUUUUGGCAAAUUCCAACACAAAAAGGCAUACCUGUGUUAAGCUGGUUUAUGGUUAUAGUGCUAUUUUAAAAAACAAAGUGAGUCAAUAUUUUGAAGUCAGAAACUGCUUAUUGUUCCGAAAUGCAGACUUGGCACAUAUAUUUUGUCCCAGCAAGAGGUCUGUAGACCAAAUAAUGAAGUAUAGUUAAAUAUAUGAAAAAUAAUUUAGUAAUGUGCAGUUAUUUUUUGCUAGAUCUUGAAUCGAUUUUUUUUUCCAGGAGAUUUUAGGUCACAGAAAACCAGAGGUGCCUUCCUUUGGGGGGAAAAAUAGAAGACACCAGUUGUUUUCUAUUAGAAUUUGUUACUAAAGGUAUUUAAAUUUUAAAAUAAGUUAUUUUAAUCAUAUUACAAAUAUAUUUUUAAUCAAUUCAUUGCAUCCUAAUUUUUUCCAAAAUAUUUUUAAUUAAAUGUUACUGACCGAAAGUUUUCACCAGUGUAUGUUUUGGAAUAUUUCCACAUAGAUAAAAAUAUUUUAUUCACUCCACUAUCCAGACUUUCUUAAGCACAGACUAAACCUAAUCUAUGUGGAUUCUUAAUAAUAUUCAACAAAUCGGUUCAUUAGUAAGUUGAAUUAACAUUUAAACUUCAUGCCUGAAGGAUAAUUUACAAUAUUUUGUGUAAAUAGCACUGGUAGUCUAUUUUAGAUAGUAUUUAAGUUAUAUAAAAGGGACAUUUUGUUUUGAUUUGUAUUUAUUUAAUAUAGAGAUAUUAAGUCGUUAUAAGUUAUGUUCAGUUUUCUCAUGCAAUGCCAAAUGCAACCCAUACUAGCAUUUUUUUAUCUUCUUGUUCUCAACCAGAAUUAACGUAUUAGCGAGAAAAACUAAGACAGACCUGUUGUUUAGAAUGUCUGUGUGCUGUCACUGUAAUACCUGUAUUUAGUUUUUGUGGAUUUGAUGUUGCUCAACACUGUACUGUAUCAGUAGGGAAACGUUGUAUGUUUGUUUUUCUGUUCUAACAGCCAUCGUGGCUUUCACUGUUUCAUGUCUAUGUUUACCCCUUUGUAUUUGCGGCACAUCAUAGCUCAUUCACAAUAAAAGUUUGGGAUAAUUACAAAAAUAUUAUUACAAAUUAAAAUGUCUGUUUGGGCCUUCAAACAGUGAAUAGUGUAUUCAAUCAAGAAAAUAUUAGUAGACAAAGUCAUUUAUACAUAUAACAUUUGCUAAAAGAAGAAGGUGAUGCUUUGAUUAGAAAUUAAAGGUGCUGUGCAAGUUUUUGACUCUUCUAAAGCAUAAAAAUACCAUAAUAUGUUUACAGAUAAUUAAGAAACAUGCUAAGUGUACAUGUGUGAAAAGCAAUGCUGAGGUCGGUUAUUCUGCUUUGAAAAUGUCCGUUACAUGCAGGAACGUUUGUCUUCGUUUUGGUCGUUAAUUCCGCUCAAUGCCAGUUUAGCCAUUUCAGGCCCAUAGCCAUAGGGGGUUCGGGUGGUUCGAAAGACCCACCCCUUACUGACAAAGGUCCAGAAUUUGUCCCAAACACAAGCUCAUUUGUGCUAUUUUGACUGCUAUGCCAUAAUAAAUUGUGAACAUAACCAUCGAAGAAGGCUUAAAGAUCGAGCGGAAUCCUCUUAAAUGUUGCUUGAGUGUGACAGUAAAGUUGAGUAUUCUGGCCAGUUUGUGUUUGCCUAAUAAAUGACUAUAGGCUAGUUUUUCAUUUAAAACUUGAACCGCAUCUUUUUUUCUAAUGAUAUAUGGUGUAAUAAAUUUGUAUUUGAAAA